UACUGUAUGUAACCUGUGCACAAAUAAUGAGAGUCAGAUUUAAACUGGGGACCUCUAUGUUUGAAUUAAGAAACUCUCCAAGUGUUAGGGUCUGCUAAAUUCACAUUCUAUGAAAACUUGGGUUUUUUUAAAUUAUAAAAUGAGAUUCGAGUUGCGCGCUGCAUUGCUUGUGGUUUUCGACACACUACUUUUGGGAUUCGUUCGAUGUGGAAAUAUCCGGUAUUUUGUGACUGAGAUUUGUGGACAGGAAAUAGGUCCAGACUUCGGGACCUAUCUUGAAUUCGACAAGGACGGUAUUAUAGCAACGGAUGGAAAAUUUGCCCCACCAAAUAUUAUUGGUAAAGAAUUCAAAUGCACAGUUACAAUUCGAGGAAUGCCGUCUUCCGGCGCAAAACGAUACAUGUCUGUAUAUUGGCGAAAUUUCAUAUUUAAAGCACCGGAAGUCGACAAUAUUGCGAAAGAUCCGGAGACGUGUGGUAAGGCGUAUGUUACUUUAUACAAAGGCAAGGGAACUAAUGUUGCAGAGAAAGAAACGUUCUGUGGAUUAAAUGCUUUACCCACACACAUUGAAUGGGAGGGGGAGUAUGCGACCUUGUUUUUCUACGUGGACUACCGAUCCCCGUCAUCCCCGGAUCCGGAUGAUCCCUCUAAAUUCCUGUAUUCUGAAAUCUUUUUACGACUUGAUAUUACCUCAUUUGACUUUGGGUGUGCGGAUACCAAGGAAGGGGUGGUCAUGAUGUGCAAUAACAGCAAGCGGUGUCUGGACGACUCAUUACGCUGUGAUUUCUGGUUUUCCCGAAACUGUCAAUCGGAGUCUUAUCCCAGGGAUAACUCGGAUACGAGUAGAUGGCCCCCGGGAAACUGCUUCAAGAUAGUUCAAACAACAACUACCGAGCCCCUCCCCACCACUCCCCCUCCUGAGCCUGACUUCACUCCCUUGAUUGUUGUCGUAGGACUGGCGGCUGCCCUUGCCUUCUUUUUCUGGUGUUUCUGGAGGCCUGGCUACCUAAUAUGGCGACUCGGUCGACUGCGCAACCAUCCCUGCGUGAGAGCAUGUGGGGCGUGCAUUCCGUGCUCAGUAAUGUGCGUCAGAUGUUGCAGUUGCAGCAGCUGCUGUAUAGGUGAAUAUGAACAGAGUCCUACGGGGCCUGCAGCCUUUAGAGCCCUUCAGGUGCAGGAGAUCGAAUCUCACAACUCUUCUGUAAAAGAGAACAGUCAGCUUAUCGGAGGAAGUUCCCACUCUGGUAAGUCUGGGAAGGAUGCAGGACGUAUUUUGCCAUGCUUUCCAAGGACUUCCGUGCCGGAAAAGCAAGUGGGCAAAGUAAGAUUGAGACAGGCCACGGUUUGUCCUUUACAAACGUCAACAGCGGAACCGGACCAAGGAAACGGGGAACAGGGCGGCUCUGGAACAGAGCCCGGAACAGGAAGUACUGAAACCAACACAGAGAACCCAAAAAUGGGCGUGUCUGCAGGCAACAUCAACUUCGUCAAUGAUUGGGUAAAAAUGUUAACUGGUGAUGGAUGCCAUCUUAGAGAGCAUCGAUGAGACUUUGUACAGUAUCCGUCACCUAAACAUAGCUGAUUUAAGUGACCAACAUUUGUAUUAAAUUCUAAUAUAUCGUCCUUGACCUUACAUAUAAUAACAGUUAUCAUAAAGA